AUGCCACCCGAACGCUCCUCCCGCAAAACCGACUCCCACGACACCGAAGACCUCUUCACCCCCUCCUCACCCCCCACCAUCGACCCCUACGCCACCCUCUCCCUCUCCUCCUCCGCCACCGCCUCCGAAGUGAAAUCAGCUUACCGUCGCGCCGCCCUCCUACACCACCCCGACAAAGCCGCCCCCGAGGACAAAGCAACCGCCCACACCAAGUUCCAAGAAGUCGCGUUCGCGUACGCCAUUCUCUCCGACGAGCGCCGGCGGAAACGGUACGACAGCACCGGCAGCACGGAGGAGAUUUUGGAAGGCGAGGGGGAGGAUGGGGAGUUCAACUGGACGGACUUUUUCCGGGAGCAGUACGCUGCGGUCGUGACGAGCGAGACGAUCGAUGCUUUUGCGCAGGAGUAUAAGGGUGGGGAGGAGGAGAGGCGGGAUGUGCUGGAAGCGUAUGGGAAGGUGAGGGGGGAUAUGGAGAAGUUGUAUCAGUACGUUAUGCUCAGUGAAGCGGACGAGGAUGAGGAGCGGUUUAGGGGCAUUAUUGAAGAGGCGAUUGAGAAGGGCGAGGUGGAGGGGUUUGAGAAGUUUACCGGAGAGAGCGAGAGUAGGGUACAGAAGAGGAUGGAGCGGUCGAGGAAGAGGCGGGAGAGGGAGGGGAAGGAGGCGGAGAAGGUGGGGAGGGAGAUGGAGGAGGAUUUGGAGAGGACAUCGAGAAGGAAGGGGACGGGGAAGAAGGGUGGGAUGGAGGAUUUGGCGGCGUUGAUUCAGGGGAGGCAGGCGGGGAGGGAGGGGAGGAAGGAGAGCUUCCUACAAGGGUUGGAGGAGAAGUAUGGGGCGAAGGGGAAGAGUGGGAAGAAGAGGGCUGAGCCGGUGGAUGAGCCGCCUGAGGAGGCUUUUGCGAAGAAUCGGGCGAAAAAGUCGAAGAGGUGA